CCUCUCGGCCCGGCCAUGGCCCUCGGCUGGCUCGGCCGCGCCUGUCUCCUCCUGCUCUGCCUCUGCGGGGAGGCCGCCGCCGGGAGGGAUUUCUAUAAGAUCCUGGGGGUGUCCCGCGGCGCCUCCGUGAAGGACAUCAAGAAGGCGUACCGCAAACUGGCGCUGCAGCUGCAUCCCGACAGGAACCCCGACGACCCGCGGGCCCAGGAGAAGUUCCAGGACCUGGGGGCCGCCUAUGAGGUGCUGUCAGAUGAGGAGAAGAGGAAACAGUAUGAUGCGUAUGGUGAGGAGGGGUUGAAGGAUGGGCACCAGAGUUCCCAUGGAGACAUCUUCUCACACUUUUUUGGGGACUUUGGAUUCAUGUUUGGAGGUAACCCUCGCCAACAGGACAGGAACAUCCCUCGGGGCAGCGACAUCAUUGUGGACCUGGAGGUUACACUGGAGGAGGUGUAUUCAGGAAACUUUGUAGAAGUUGUCAGGAACAAGCCAGUGGCAAGACAGGCACCUGGCAAACGGAAAUGCAAUUGCCGGCAGGAGAUGAGGACCACACAGCUGGGCCCUGGGCGUUUCCAGAUGACUCAAGAAGUUGUUUGUGAUGAAUGUCCCAACGUCAAGCUUGUGAAUGAAGAGCGAACACUAGAAGUGGAGAUAGAACCAGGUGUGAGGGAUGGUAUGGAAUAUCCCUUCAUUGGUGAGGGGGAACCCCACGUGGAUGGGGAGCCAGGUGAUUUGCGUUUCCGAAUAAAAGUUCUCAAGCACCCAGUCUUUGAAAGAAGAGGAGAUGACUUGUAUACAAACGUGACAAUCUCGCUGGUCGAGGCACUUACAGGCUUUGAAAUGGAUGUAACCCACUUGGAUGGGCACAAGGUUCAUGUUGCUCGGGAUAAAAUUACUAAGCCUGGGGCCAAACUGUGGAAGAAAGGAGAAGGUCUUCCAAACUUUGAUAACAAUAAUAUCAAAGGCUCACUAAUAAUAACAUUUGAUGUGGAGUUCCCCAAAGAGCAGUUGACAAGCGAACAGCGAGAAGGUCUCAAACAGCUGCUGAAACAAGGAUCUGUGCAGAAGGUGUACAACGGAUUGCAGGGAUAUUGAUGUUGGUGGGGGUGAAAAAGGACUUUAAUCAAAAGUCAGCUCUGUUUGCA